AUGCGUUUCCAAUCCCUACUCUGGGGAGGCCUUUUGGGUCUUUCUACCGUUCUGGCUGCUCCCACCGCCAACUCAGGCGUUCAAGAGCCCCCUUCACAGGUCAAGCGUGCCGUUCCUACUUCAACCUUCUCCGGCAACGUCAUAUUCUCCCCUCCCUCUAAUGCCGGGUGGACCGACCCUCGUGUUCUCUACGCUCGCGCCAUCCAGCUCUCCGAUGGCUCUCUCAUCUCUACCUGGGAGAACUACUCCCCCGAGCCACCGCUGGUUUACUUCCCCAUCUACCGAUCAACUGAUGGUGGUGUGAAGUGGACUCAGAUCGGAAAGGUUCAGGACACUGUUAACAACUGGGGAUUGCGAUACCAGCCUGAUCUCUAUGAGCUGCCUCGAGCUAUUGGAAAGUGGCCCAAGGGCACUAUCCUGGCCACUGGAAACAGUAUCCCCACCGAUCUGAGCAAAACCAAGAUCGAUGUCUAUGCUAGCACCGAUGGUGGAAAGACCUGGAAGUUCACCAGCUCCAUCGCUUCUGGAGGAGAGGCUCGACCCAACAAUGGCUUGACUCCCGUCUGGGAACCUCACAUGAUGGUUUACAAGGAGAAGCUUGUCUGUUACUACGCCGACCAGCGUGAUCCCAAACAUGGGCAAAAACUCUCUCAUCAAACCACCACAGAUCUUGUGAGCUGGUCUGCUCUUGUUAACGAUGUUGCCGAUAGCAACUACAACGCUCGCCCUGGUAUGCCCGGAAUCACUCUCCUACCCAAUGGCCAGUACAUUUUUGUCUACGAGACUUGCGGCACCGACGGCUGCCGUGUUCACUACCGUCUCAGCGCCGAUCCCCUCAACUUCGCUGCUGCCAAGGACAUUGCUCUCGUUUCCAACAAGGGUACUCGUCCUGUCAGCUCACCUACCGUUGUAUGGAGCUCAGUUGGUGGUGCCAACGGAAGCAUUAUUGUCAGCGCCGGAAGCCAGAGCCAAAUUUUCGUCAACAAGAACCUGGGCGCUGAAAACUCUUGGGUUGAGUUCGCUACUCCUCAGCCCAACGCGUACACUCGAGGACUUAUGGUCUUUAAGGAGAACGACAACUUUCUGCUUAUCAUUGGUGGUGGAUGGUUGCCUCCAAGCUCUAACAACCAAGUCAGCUUGAGUGUCAUUGACUUGAAGAAGACUGGAUUGUAG